UAUGACUUUUAGUAAACAAAUAAUAUUCCACGCGCAAUCGACAGACAAAAUCCCACAGAUAUGCAAAGAUCUCUCAGAAUCCUCUCGUUAUCAUAUUUCCCUCUCUUUUUCCCCACUCUUCCUUAUAAAUCCUUACUCCUUAUCCCAUUUGCAAAAUCAAAUCUCUCACUUUCUUCUCAAAUCAAAAGCAGAUUCCCUCUCUCGAUCUCUAUCGUUUACCGAUCUUUGAUUGAUAUGGCGGAGGUUUUGCGUCCGGAGAUGUUGGACAUAUCCAACGACACUUCUUCCUUAGCGUCGCCGGAGCUUCUUCACGUUCUUGCCGUCGACGACAGCAUCGUCGAUCGGAAGUUCAUCGAGCGGUUGCUCAGAGUAUCUUCUUGUAAAGUUACUGUUGUCGAUAGCGCGACAAGAGCCUUGCAAUACCUUGGAUUAGAUGGAGACAAUAGUUCUGUUGGAUUUCAGGAUCUGAAGAUUAAUCUGAUAAUGACGGAUUACUCUAUGCCUGGGAUGACUGGUUAUGAACUAUUGAAGAAGAUCAAAGAAUCAUCAGCUUUCAGAGAAAUACCGGUUGUGAUUAUGUCCUCAGAGAACAUCUUGCCUCGUAUAGAUAGAUGUCUUGAAGAAGGUGCUGAAGAUUUCUUAUUGAAGCCUGUGAAGUUGGCUGAUGUGAAGAGAUUAAGAGAUUCCUUAAUGAAAGCUGAGGAAAGAGUAUUCAAGAAUAUUAUGCACAAGAGGGAGCUAGAAGCUAAUGAUAUCUACUCACAGCUAAAACGCGCAAAGAUCUAAGUCUUUUGUGUUCAUAUUCCACGAUAUGAUCUUAUAAAGCUUCGUAUGAAAGGCUAAAAGAUUCACACGCACGUCAGACUGUCCUGAUUCUUUCGGCUUUCAAUUUUGAGAAGUUAACCUUUUUAGCUGACAGAACCAGUGAGGACUGAGGAAGGUUUUUUCAUAAAUAGAAAUGUAAAUUUUAGACAGAAGAAAAUUUGGAUUCAUUAAAUUGGGAGGUUUUUUCCUAGUUUUUCUUUUUCUUCACAUGAAUUAUGUAAAAUGAUGAUGUUAAUCGUGGAAGUUUACUAUCUAGAAA